AUGAAGGAAGCGAUCGUCAAUCCAGACAUUACCGUCAACGUCAAGGACUCUCCCAUUCCGGAGCCCGGUCCGGGCGAGCUCCUCGUCAAAGUCCUCGUCUCAGGUACAAACCCCAAGGACUGGAAACUGCCCGCCUGGCUUGAUGGCGCUUCAAACUCUGGUGACGAUGUCGCCGGCAUUGUCGAGAAGGUCGGCUCUGAAGUCUUUGAAUUCGCAAAGGGCGACCGGGUAGCUGGGUUCCAUGUUAUGCGCUCUCCACAUGGAAGUUUCGCAGAGUACGCCAUCCUCCCGGCCUUCUCCACUUUCCACAUUCCCAACAGCGUGAGUGUCGAGGAGGCCGCGACGGUGCCCUUGGCCGCGUACACGGCUGCCACAGCAUUGUUCCACUCGCUUGAGGUACCGUCACCAUGGGACCGGAACCGGGAGAGCAAGAUGCCUGUCAUCAUCUACGGUAUCAGCUCGGCUAUCGGCGCGUUUGGUGUGAAACUCGCCAAGAAGGCGGGUGUGCAUCCUCUCAUUGCUGUCGGUAGCAAGAACAGUUCCUUUGUGACGCCUUUGUUGGAUGAGAAAGCCGGCGAUGUGUUCGUGGACUACACCCAGUUUGAGAGCCAGGAUAAGCUUGCGGAGAAGUUGAAGGAGGUCAUCAAGGGCACCGGAUCACGGUGUUUCAGAGCCUUUGACUGCGUGAGUGAGAACGGAUCAUUCGAAAUGCUUGGAAAGGCUAUUCAGGGACCGCCUGAGGAAGGCACUGGCUUCAAGCCAAGGGUUACUACCGUGUUGCCUGGACGAGACUACGGUGCGAUUGACAAGAGCGUUGAGGUUGUGGUUACCAGUGUUGGCCACGUGCACGAGGAGGAGGGUGAAGGAACUCUCUUUGGACUGAUUUGGGCAAGAUUGUUCGCUGAUGGCUUGAAGAAGGGUUGGAUGAAGGCCCAUCCUUUCGAGGUGGUAAAGGGUUUGGAAGGUCUUUCGGGCGCGUUGAAGGGGUUACAGAACGGUACAGUCCGCGGGAAGAAGAUGGUCAUCCGCAUCGCCGAGGGCAACUAA